AUGUUUACGGGUAUAGUAGAGUUAAUGGGAACUGUUGCGGAGUACAACCUCCAGGACAACAGUGCAUCUGGUGGUCAAGGUGUCUCUGUGACCAUCAAGGGUGCCUCCGCCAUCCUAAAUGACUGUCACAUCGGAGACAGUAUUGCAUGUAAUGGUAUAUGUUUAACAGUAACAGCAUUUGACAAGGACACUUUCAAAGUAGGGAUCUCUCCAGAGACUAUUGUACGCACUGAUGUUGCCGAUUGGGUUGCUGGAACAAGGAUAAAUUUGGAACGUGCAGUUUCUCAAGACGUUAGAUUCGGUGGACAUUAUGUUCAAGGACAUGUCGAUACAGUGGCAAGCAUUGUCUCGGUGACACCAGAAGGGAACUCCUUAGUGUUUGGAUUCAAAUUAAGAGAUUCGCAGUACGAGAAGUUUAUUGUGGAGAAAGGGUUCAUUUGCAUUGAUGGUACCUCUCUGACGGUAACACAAGUGGAUGCUGAUGGUACGUUUUAUAUUGCCAUGAUCGCACAUACUCAAGAUGUAGUAGUGAUGCCGUUGAAGAAAAUCGGUAGUUUGGUGAACAUUGAAGUUGAUCUUACUGGUAAACUUAUCGAAAAACAAAUCUCCGUAGCAUUACAAAAUCAAUUUAAUGACUCUCAUUCAACGUUAAACAACCUCAUUGAAAAGAUCAUCGAUGAGAAAGUUCAGAAAUAUCUAUCAAAAAAGUAA